GAGACCACCAUUACAGAAUCUAAUCUGAAAAAAUAAUAAAAACAAGCUCAUUACAGCUAAAGUUCUGUUCCAUUUACAGGUGCCUCACUUUUUUCUACAAAAAAAGUUAAGUACUAUAGGAUAGAAAGAAAGAAGGAGAAUCCUCUUAUUCCUAUUACAAUAAUACCAUUUCACAUUCCCAAAUGUAUUUUUGAACUUCUGUAUAGCCUCUUGGCAAGUUUACAUUUUGCUCUCUUUUAUAGUAUACUAAUAUAUAGUCUAAGACCAGAUAUGGAAGAGUUUCGGCCGAGUUUCCAGUGCUCUGGCGACCGGAGACUGGAGAUCGUAAGCGGAAAGGGGUUCUGCAACAACCAGGUAAGUAGGGCUCGGUCACCGGAUCUGGCAGGAGUAACGAGCAAGGGAACGUGGCCGAGCCAGGUGGCACCAGCGUCUUCAAAUAAGCCAUGGGGAUUCAAUGAUCCAGAAAUGAAGAGACGAAAGAGAAUAGCAAAGUAUAAAGUGUACACUAUUGAAGGGAAGGUCAAAACUUCUAUUAGGAAUGGACUAAGGUGGUUCAAGAAUAAAUGCUCAGAAAUCAUACAUGGUUAUUAAUUACUCUGUAGCUACUCAUGUUACUGUACAAGGUGUUUUUCUUCUUCUUUUUUUGUCUCUUCUAAUUUCUCAAAAUGAUCUGCUUGUGAGUUCUGAAUCAAGUUGUAAGAAACAGAGAAAGGUGGAAAACAUAGAGAUGAUCAGGUGAAAUUCUAAUUUGUUUAGUACUUAGAAA